AAGCUAGCAGACCAGCCACCUCCAUCGCCGGCGCCACCAUGGGUGCUGUGCUGGGUGUCUUCUCCCUCGCCAGCUGGGUUCCAUGCCUCUGUGGCAGUGCAUCGUGCUUGGUGUGUGGUUGCUGUCCCAAAAGGAACUCCACUGUGACUCGAAUCAUCUAUGCUAUAAUUGUCCUCCUGGGCACGGCAGUGUCUGUUAUCAUGCGGACAGAAAGUAUGGAAACUGAGCUGAAGAAAAUUCCUGGAUUCUGUGAAGGGGGAUUUAAAAUCAAUGUGGCUGAUCCAAAGGCAGAUAAAGAUUGUGAUGUGGUGGUUGGCUAUAAAGCUGUAUAUCGGAUCAACUUUGCAUUGGCCAUCUUUUUCUUUGCCUUCUCGUUACUUAUGAUUAAUGUAAAAACAAGUAAAGAUCCCAGAGCGGCAAUACACAAUGGGUUUUGGUUCUUCAAAAUUGCCGCCAUUGUUGGUAUCAUGGUUGGAUCUUUCUACAUCCCUGAGGGCACUUUCACCUCAGUCUUGUUCGUUUUUGGCCUGGCGGGGGCUGCCUUGUUCAUCCUCUUCCAGCUGGUACUCUUGGUAGAUGUGGCUCACUCUUUGAAUGAAUCAUGGGUGAAUAACAUGGAAGAAGGAAACCCCAGAGUCUGGUAUGCGGCUUUACUUUCUGUUACAAGCUUAUUUUAUAUCUUGUCAAUCGUCUUUGCUGGGGUACUCUACACAUACUAUACCAAGCCAGAUGGCUGCACAGAAAACAAGUACUUCAUCAGCAUCAAUCUGAUCCUAUGCAUCGUGGUGUCUGUGGUAUCAAUCCUCCCAAAAGUUCAGGAACACCAGCCUCGUUCUGGCCUCCUGCAGUCAUCUCUCAUCACUCUCUACACUGUGUACCUCACGUGGUCGGCCAUGACCAAUGAACUUGACAGUUCCUGCAACCCCAGCCUCUUGAGCAUCUUUGCACACAUAGCUGCGACAACUGUGGCUCCUGCAAACACAACUGCUGUGAUCCCUACCCCAGCUCCACCUUCAAAGAAUGGUCGCUUUCUUUACGUAGAGAAUGCUGUGGGAGUGUUUAUCUUUGCUGUCUGCCUUAUGUAUUCUAGCAUCCGCACUUCCAGCAACAGCCAAGUAAAGAAGCUGACCCUCUCAGGGAGUGACAGUGUGAUCCUUGGUGAUACAGCUGCCAGUGGAGGCAGCGACGAGGAGGACGGGCAGCCUCGGCGGGCUGUGGACAAUGAGAAGGAGGGAGUGCAGUACAACUACUUCUUCUGCCACUUGAUGUUCUGCUUAGCUUCAUUAUACAUCAUGAUGACCCUGACUAACUGGUACAGCCCCGAUGCCACUUUCCCGGCUGGGUCCAUUACGUGUCCAGCGGUGUGGGUCAAGAUUACAUCCAGCUGGGUGUGCCUCCUCCUCUACGUCUGGACCCUCAUCGCUCCACUUGUCCUCACCAAUCGGGACUUCAGUUGAACUUCUGGGUGCCAAGGACACUGCUGAAGCUCAUAAAGGUUAUCUUAUGCUGAAAACUCAUGUCCUUUUAAGCUUGCUUCAACUAAACUACUAAGAGAAUGCUUUGCAAAUUCGCUGUAUUCAGGUUAAUACCAAAAGGCAAGAUUGGAUGAUGCUUAAUGCAGAAUCUGAACUUUUCAUUUCUAUGUAUAUUAUGUUUGUUUGUAAGGAUAUAGCACAAAGGGAGCAUUUUUAUGUGUUAAAGUGAACUACAGCUGUGCUGUGAAGAAAGUUCUUUAUAAAGACCUGUUCCUUCAGCUUUGAUUUAAAAUACUAGAAGAAAAUAUUGGAUAUUUGAAGCUAUGGUUAAUAUAUUUCUAUUGAAGUUUCCUUAAAAAGCAAAAAAUAAUGCAUUUAUAUGACAUUUUCCUCUGUGAAGGUCUCUACUGUGUGACAUAAGCACACUGUUCAGUGAGUACACUUCGAGGUGUAGCAUUGUACUUCCAGGGCAAGCGUUAUGGAGGCGAGUCCUUCCUCAGAAGAGUGGUUGCUGAGAAGGCCACUGCUUCUACAUCUCGAGUUUCAUUAUUUACUUUUUAAGUAGUACAGCAGUGAUGCUGCUCAGUACCGGUCUGUGGCUUUGCCAGGUAUGUUUAUUUCAGUAAAUGCUUUGUAGGUUUGAUUAAAAUGAAGAUUCAGUUGGGAAAACACCUUUGUAUAUGUGGUCUUGUUAUGAGUAUAUAAAAGUAAAGUGCAUGUAAAUUUAUUAUAUUUGCACUAAAGGUAUUUGAUUAAAAUAAAUACUAAGUUUUUAAGGCCCUUUCUUUAACAGCUUUUUUGAGCCAGCAGCCAUUUGUUAUUUUUGGACAGUCACAAGUUUAUUUGAUAUUUAAC